AUGAGAAUAGAUGAGCCUCAAAAUGAAUAGCAACUGAAAAAAACUAAAAACAGUAAUGACACUUAAUGGAAGAAGUAUGAAAUCAUAUUAGAAAAAUUCCAUCGAGAUGCAGCUGCUGCAGAAGAAACCUUGAUAUAAUUUGCGGAGCCGAGUUCCACAACCACCAACAUUCAGACUUUCAUCAUUACAUUUUAUUCUCUAUAUACUGCAAUGACUCUUGGCUGGAAUGAAGAGCGCAUUAAAAGUGAAAUCGACAGAUUAGCUAAGAAUGAGAGAAUUCCAAAGGACAUUACUGAUUUCAUUGAAAAGAAUACUCAAUAUUUCAACAGAGCGUAUUUUUAUUUGGAAAAAGACUCUUAUUACAUUGACAUAGAAAUGAAAUUAUUGUAAGAAUUGAAACACCGAAAAUUUGGGUAGAUGCACAACUUAACAAGCAUUGAGAAUUACGAGAGAUAAGAUAGCCUAUUGAAUGACAACAAAACAUUUGUUAAAUUUAAAAUCAAAGCUAAUGAACACUUUAGUGUUAAUAGAGAAUUGGUGGAAGAUUUCAAUGUACCUGUUAAACAAGAAUUCGAUUAUCUAAAAGACUUGGAAAAUACAAAGCAAGACAUAUAAAAGAAGCUGUAACAAUUUAGAAUGAAGGCUAUCUAUUAGUUAUAUAGUCAUUAGAAUAGAGCCUUGAAGAAAAUAUUCUAAAAUGACAAAGCUCAUUCUGGAGUUAUUAUUUUACCUUGUGGUGCAGGCAAAACUCUGCUUGGAAUCAAUGUGGCUUUAAAAAUCAAGAGAAAAACACUUAUUAUAUGCGAUUAGGUUAAUGAUGUCUAUUAAUGGUAAAAGUCUUUUAUUAAGUUUACGGAAAUGGAUAAAAACAAUUUAGCUAUUAUUUUGAGAACCUAAUAAGAAGUACCUAUGGCAGUCUUAGGAAGGGAACACAUCAUAGUGAUUACAAACAAGGACAUGAUUUCAUCAAAUAGAAAGGACAUCAAACAUGUAACUACUUUGGAAUGGCCAUUAUUGAUUAUGGAUGAAGUCCAUGGUUUGCCUGCAGAAUAGAUAAAUGCUGAAAUUUCAAAAUUGAAAGCAAAUAUGAAAAUUGGUCUAACUGCAACACCUUACAGAUAGGAUAAUAAAAUCAAGGAGAUUUUUUAUAAAGUAGGUCCUAAAUUACAUGAAUCCAUGAUUGUGGAUCUUAAAUAAAUGGGAUAUGUCAGUAAAAUCUAUUGCAUCUAAGUUUAUGUUGGCAUGUAGGAUCUGUAUAAACAAAAAUAUGAGGAGUACAGAAGAGUCAAUAAUCAAUUUGUUACUAAUACUUUGUAUUAAAUGAAUCCUAAAAAAUUCGAAGUCUUAUAAAGUUUAAUCAAUAUACACAGAACUAGAAAGGAUAAGAUCCUGGUAUUCUGUGAGAAAGUCAACAAAUUAGCAGAUACUGGCACUCUUGAGAAAUUUGCUAAACUUAAUAAUUGUCCUAUUAUUAGUCAGAAGGUUGAAUAAACAGAAAGAUCAGCUAUCUAUAAAUUAUAUCAAGAGGAUAAAUUAGAUGUUAUUAUUUUCGGUUAGAUUGCCGAUCAAGGUUUGGAUUUGCCAUCUGCAAAUGUGGGAAUUCAGAUUAGUUUUAAUUUCAAGUCUGUUCGAUAAGAGUUUUAAAGAAUGGGUAGAAUUCAAAGAAAAAAGGAAAAUUAAAUUGGGGAGUAUGAUUGUUUCUUCUAUUCAAUUGUAACUAAGGGAACAAGAGAAGUAGAAAUACAAUUUGAGAGAUAAAUUGCCGUAAUUAAUUAGGGAUACCCUUAUGAAAUUAUUUCAGCAGACGAACUCAAACCUCCUCAAUCAGAAGCAGAUAAAAAAUUAUAAUUGGAUAAGAUUGUAGAUGAAAUGCAAAGGAAGGUUCUAGAGACUUGCACAUAGAAAGGAGAUGAUGAUAGGGAAGAAGAUGGUUAUUGA